AUGGCUUCGACGAAGACUCCUUCGCAGGUGAUUACUCCGGCAUGGGGGGGACGCGGAUCCGCCAUGUCAACACCACUUCAUCCCUCUGCGAAGCGAAGCUUGGACGAUGACGACGACGAGCUCACACCAGGCAUUUCUCGUCCCCGCAACAAGCAAGCUAAGCGUGAAUCGUCUUUGAAUCGUGCCGUGGGCCAGCAGCGCCUCAUUUUAAAAACCAGAAUGGAUCAAACCCCGGAUGUUUCUCCCGCACCUUCUGGAAACCACUCUGUUCUGAAUCGCUUCAUCCCUGAGCCCUCACUAUCCCAGGCGCCUGGCCGUCGGCCGCGCCCGCUCACCCAACAUCAGAUUGCCGUCGAGCAAAACCGCCGGCAACGCAUCGAAUACCUCCUUGCCAAGCGGAGGAGCAACGCUUAUCGCGUCAUUCGUAGCAAGCGCGAAAAUGAGAUUCCAUUCGUCCGAUAUGGACGUCUUCUACAGGGUCUGCCAGAUGGUUAUGAUACCGAGGAUGAAGAGACUGCAUGGGGCAAGGGUGGCCUGGUACCAAACCCCGAGGAAGAGGACGACUUCGGCGAGAGCGCCAACUUCUUCCUUUCCGUGAUCCGCAAAGCAUCUCGACGUCUUGAUCGCUGGGACUACGAGUACGCAAAUGGACCCAAGAAGGAUCGUCGUCAGGAGCGGGAGGAGCGGCAACGCACAAAGGCAGCAUUGGAAGCUGAUGUACGAGCCGCUAAUAAUCGGUCUCGCGCACGACCUUCUCGUGGCGGUCCUGCGAAACGCAAGUCCACCAACCAUGUGGCAACCCCAGGAGGCAAGAAGACGCCUGGGGCAGCACGCCCGAAGGGUGGUCGCAGUCGUCCUGUCGGUGCAUCUGGAAUGGGUACACCAUCUUGGGACCCCGAACAUGCCACAGGAAACGAGUACAUGGAAGGCGAGCUGGAUGAGCUGGACCGCGAACUACUCGGUGAGGGCUCUGGCGAGGAUGAUAUGCCACCACGCACCGGACACGACGAUGGCGAUUCCUCCGAUGAUUCGGACGAUGACGACGAGAACUCGUCAACCUACGACGGACCCAACGGCUACGCACGACACGAGAGCUCAUCUCCUGUUCCAUCGAGAUUAGGCGAACGACGCGACGUGGCAAUGGAGGACUAA